AAUCAACUAAUUUCACAAUCUUCUUCUUCAAUCACUUUGGUUGGGCACCACUCUCUCUUCUCUGUCUCUGCAGACUGCAACUCACUUUCAUCCAAUCCAAGUCUCCAGGUAGGUAUGUCGACUUCUGAAGAUAAACCGGAAAUCCUCACUAGAGGUCCUGAUGAGGGUGACGUGAAAAUCGUCGAUAGAGGUCAGAAGGAUAAGGACGAGGAAAAAGAAGAAGGGAAAGGUGGAUUCCUCGAUAAGGUCAAGGAUUUCAUUCAUGACAUUGGUGAGAAAAUCGAGGGAACCAUUGGGUUUGGGAAGCCAACUGCUGAUGUCUCUGCCAUUCAUAUCCCUAAGAUCAAUCUCGAGAGGGCGGAUAUUGUUGUAGAUGUGCUUGUGAAGAACCCGAAUCCAGUUCCUAUCCCUCUGAUCGAUAUCAACUACCUGGUCGAAAGCGAUGGGAGGAAACUGGUUUCAGGAUUGAUCCCUGAUGCUGGAACCCUCAAGGCUCAUGGAGAAGAAACUGUGAAGAUACCAUUGACUUUGAUCUAUGAGGACAUCAAGAGCACUUACAACGAUAUCAACCCCGGGAUGAUCAUACCUUACAGGAUCAAGGUUGAUCUGAUUGUUGACGUGCCAGUAUUGGGAAGACUGACAUUGCCGCUGGAGAAAUGUGGAGAGAUCCCGAUUCCAAAGAAACCCGAUGUUGAUAUCGAGAAGAUCAAGUUCCAGAAGUUUUCUUUGGAAGAAACCGUGGCGAUCCUUCAUGUGAGGCUUGAGAACAUGAAUGACUUUGACUUGGGGCUCAAUGACUUGGACUGUGAAGUUUGGUUGUGUGAUGUAAGCAUUGGGAAAGCAGAGAUAUCGGACUCGAUCAAGCUUGACAAAAACGGAAGCGGGUUGAUUAAUGUGCCAAUGACAUUCCGACCAAAGGACUUUGGUUCUGCACUUUGGGACAUGAUCCGUGGGAAAGGAACAGGAUACACUAUCAAAGGUAAUGUUGAUGUUGAUACACCAUUUGGAGCGAUGAAGCUUCCUAUUAUCAAGGAAGGUGGCUCGACCCGUCUGAAGAAGGAAGAUGAUGAUGACGACGAUGAGGAGUAAGGAAAAGAGAGCUGAGGAGGCAGAUGGUUGUUAAGUACUGAAUCUCAAAUCUUGAAAACUAUAUAAGUUUAUAUGAAAGACUUAUUUGGUGUGCUUUAAAUAACUGGUUUGGAUCAGACUUUUGAAUAGAGGGGUCUUUGAUUUGUUUAUUGAACUUUCUAUGUCAUUGUGGUCUAGUUCGCUUGGUUA